UUAGCACCAUCUUUUCCAUCUCCUGCUCGUUCUGCCUUCCCGCCAUCUGACCUCCACAAGAUUCAGCCCGGUAGUGUUAGCCCCCUGGACUGGAUUCCUGAGGCAAACAGUCACCCUUAAGGUCGGCAACAGCCUCUUCUGGGUUCACUGCAGUCCAACCAGCUCCCUACCCGCCGCCAUUAUGAACAUCCGCAACGCUCGGCCGGAUGAUCUGAUGAAUAUGCAGCACUGCAACCUCCUUUGCCUUCCUGAAAACUACCAGAUGAAAUACUAUUUAUAUCAUGGCCUUUCCUGGCCCCAGCUUUCUUACAUCGCUGAGGAUGAGGACGGGAAGAUUGUGGGCUAUGUCCUAGCCAAAAUGGAGGAGGACCCAGAUGAUGUCCCGCAUGGCCAUAUCACCUCACUGGCCGUGAAGCGUUCACACCGGCGCCUCGGCCUGGCCCAGAAGCUGAUGGACCAGGCCUCCAGGGCCAUGAUAGAGAACUUUAACGCCAAAUACGUGUCUCUGCAUGUCAGGAAGAGUAACCGGGCAGCCUUGCACCUCUAUUCUAACACCCUCAACUUUCAGAUUAGUGAGGUGGAACCUAAAUACUAUGCAGAUGGGGAAGAUGCUUAUGCUAUGAAGCGGGAUCUCUCGCAGAUGGCAGAUGAGCUGAGACGACAAGUGGACCUGAAGAAGGGCGGGUAUGUGGUCCUGGGCUCCAGGGAGAACCAGGAGACACAGGGCAGCACACUUUGUGGUUCUGAAGAGGCCUGUCAGCAAAAGAACCCGGAUACCGAAGAAAGUGGCAGUGACAGCAAAGAACCUAAGGAGUCUGUGGAGAGCACCAACGUCCAAGACAGCUCAGAAGGCUCGGAUUCCACCUCCUAGAGCAUGCUUAAGCAUUGCAGGUCCUCAUGUCGCAACCACAUCUACCCUGUGAACCCUGGUUU